AUUUCCUCUUCUGUACGAUCACACCUGCACGACAAAACCUCCUCGAAAACAACGAUUCCUUUAUCCCCUAACUCGCUCGUAACCCUAAAUUCCCAUCCCGUUUCUCACCGCUGAAGCUCCGAGCCUCCCGACCAUGGAAGGCAUGAACGACGGCCACAUGCCCGGCAUGAACGGGUCGACGACGACGACGACGACGCCGCCGCCCCACCACCACAAGAUGAUGAUGAUGCACAUGACCUUCUUCUGGGGCACGCACUCCGAGAUCCUCUUCUCCAGCUGGCCGGGCACCCGGACCGGUAUGUACGCCCUCGCCCUCGUCUUCGUCUUCGCCCUCUGCGUCCUCGUCGAGUGGCUCUCCCACUGCCGCUUCCCCGCCAAGCCCGGGGUCGCCUCCCGCCUCCUCCGGUCGCUGCUGCACGCGCUGCGCAUGGGGCUCGCGUACCUGGCGAUGCUCGCGCUCAUGUCCUUCAACGGCGGCGUGUUCCUGGCGGCGGUCGCCGGCCACGCGGUGGGGUUCCUGGCGUUCGCGAACCGGGGGGCGUUCGGGAAGCCGGAGGAGGCGGGCGGGCCGGGGCCGUACGCGGGGAAGGCCAGCGCCGCCCUACCUCCGAUGAGCUGCUGAUUCCUGGCGGGGGUGAGGUGGGUGGUGAGAACUUAGAUGCGACAUGGAUUGAUGAUGAUAAUAAGCAGUGGAAUGAAGAUACGAGUGAUGAUAAAGAUUUAGCGCAGCUUUUUGCUUCUUCUUGCUGUCUUUGCUUCAUGUACGGCUAGCUGCCAUAACCGACUGCCGCUGUAUUUUGCUGGAAUUCCAUAUAAUCCUUCUAU